AUGCGGCCGCCGGCGGGGGAAGGACGCGGCGCCGCGGCGGUUGGAUUCGGCAGGAGACAGCGGGCGGCGCGGCAGGAGAUGGAGACGGCUGCGCUGCGUCUGCGUGUCGCGACUCGCGACUGUUGGAGGCGGAGGGAAACGGCGGGGUGCUGGAGGAGGGGCGGUGAGGGUGGCCGGUGCUAUGGUGAAGGGCGGCGACGGUGA